AUUGACUAUUUGUAUACUUAAAAGCUUGCUGUUUAAAUUAACUUCCUCAGUUACUGUCGAGCCUAAAAUCGGUCAUGAUGGAAUUUAAAGUGUUAGUUUUGCUUUUUGCUUUUAUCAGUUCCUCUGUGUCACAGUCAAUCAGGUGUAACUACUCAUUAAGACAGAAUACACAGUAUAUGUGUAAUCUACAGAUCCAAAAUCCUGAUGGAUUAAACAAUUUUACACAAGUUGAAGGAUUUCACUUCCCCGGAAUGAAUAAUGUGUUUGUGACUGCAAUUUUAAGGAAUACUACAGGAUCAACGACUAGAAAUGUUCCAAGUGUUUUGUGCUCACAAUUUCCUCAUGUGACUUACAUCGAUUUGUCUUAUUUAGGCAUUGAGGAUGUUGAUGCAAAUGCAUUUAGAGGAUGUAGAAAUUUGGAUUGGCUUAGAUUAUAUAACAACAGAAUUACAAGCCUUCCUGACAAUUUAUUCAUGUACAACAGACAUUUAAACUAUUUUGAUUUGGAAAGGAAUUUGUUGACUGCUUUACCUGAGAAUCUUUUUGCUAAUCAACUGGCACUCGAGGCCUUGGAUCUUAAUAAUAAUCCAAUUGCAAAUCUUCCAAGAGGGAUCUUCAGAAACUUGUUUAAUCUUCAAUUCUUGUACUUAAGAAAUUUAAGAAUAUCAGCAGUAAAUCCAGGAUGGUUUGAUAACUUAUUCAACUUGCAAUUCCUCGACAUGGCCGAUAAUCAAAUUACACAAACAAUUCCUGCCAAUGCAUUCCGUGGUUUAUUUAGCCUCGAAAGUAUUGAUUUAGCUUAUUGCAAUAUUAGGACAAUGAAUGCACAGUGGUUCCAAACCAUGGCACAUCUUCAUUAUGUCUUUAUGCAUAACAACUUUUUGGAACAUAUUCCAUCAAAUCCAUUUGUCAAUUCUCCAAGCAUCAAUAUACUUGAUUUUGGAAGUAAUAAUCUUGCAGAAGUUUCGAGAUUGGCAUUUGCAAACAUGCCAAAUUUGAUGGUUUUAAGUCUCGAAAACAAUCAAAUCAGUAGACUUCGUCCACAAUGGUUUGAAGAAAAACCCAACCUUGAUUCAGUUUAUUUGGACUUCAACAGAAUAAAUUCAAUUCCAGUUGGCAUUUUUGCACCAUUGACUGGUCUAAGAUCAAUGAGUUUGUGGUCUAAUAGGAUCAGAACUAUCAAUCGUAAUGCUUUUGGGACAAUGCAAAAUUUAUGGUACUUGGAUCUUGAUGAUAAUCAAAUUAAUUCUGUUGAUGAGAGAUUUUUGAGGGACGCUAUAAGAUUGAAUUAUUUCUAUUUCUAUGAUAAUGUCUGUGCGAGUGCUGGAUUCUUUGGUUUUGCUAAUAAUAUUACAAAUAAUAUAAGAUACUUUGACAGAUGCAUUAGGAACUUUGGAUUUGUUACUGAAAGAACAACAGAAGCUGGCAGUAAUUACAACUUUGUUGAAGGAAUGAACCCUGGCAUGCACUUAGAAGUAUUUACACAGCUUGAAGCCAGAGUCGCAUUAACAGGAUUUAACUUUGUGUGGAACCCAAUGCUUGAAAUUGUUUUUAAUAAUGAUACAAUCAGAAUUGUGAGGAAUCAAGACACAGACGUUGCUGUAAUACCAACUCAAAGACAUUUCAGAAUUGAUGCAUGGAAUUACUAUAGAAUCACAUGGGCUAGACAAGUUAUCUCUGUAUUUGAAGCUAAUGAAGAUUUUCCAUUUAUUGCUUAUACAAUGCAGGAUUGGUAUCCAGUUAAUUUCUUAGGACUGAGGGCUCAGGAAAGUGAAGCUAUUUGGACGCUUGAACCAGUUCAACUACCUCCACCAACUCCAGGACCAAACUCCAGAAACAAACAAGAAGUUUAAGUUUUUUAAUUAAUGAAAAAUAUUAAUAAUCUGAAUAUUAUUUGAAUAAAUGCUAUUUGGCUU